AGGGACGUGACAGCCCAUCCGCUUAGAUCGCUCACACACACACACACACACACAGACACACACACACACACACACACAGACACACACACACACACACACACACACACACACACACACACACACACACACACACACACACACACGCCCCCAUCCACGCGCAAUCGGUCUACUCGUUUCCCGCCGGCUGGACCUCCCGCAUGCCUGAGCCAGUGCGUGGAGGCGAGACCAGCCUACUGUACCGCCAGCACUCGUGCGGCGAGGAGUUGCUUGCAGCGCAUACUAGACAGGGUACCAGUCGGGAAGGACGCCGCACGACGUGGACAAAACAGACCAUCGGUCGAUAUUUGUUCUCCCGCGUGGAUGGAUGGGCAGAGAGAGAAAACAACCCGAACCUGUGGUGCAGAACAGACUUUUCAGGAUACCUUUGAUUCAACGCAUUUUAUUGACGGUCUGUCCUCCCUGGUCCUGGAUCCAGAGCUCACUGCCUCCCCCUGGCCCCAGACGACCCCCCCCCCACAACCAGGCACCAUGACCCAGGAGGGGCAGGGACCACGCCAGACUGAACCCACUACACCCCCAGACAUCCAGGGGGUGACCCCAGCUCACCCUUCAGAGGAGUCAGCCACAGACCAAGGGCUGGAGGGGCUAGGUCUGGAGGUGAAGGUGGAGGGGAUAGAGGGGACCAAUGAGGAGGAAGGGGAGGGAAGUGUUACGGUAGAAGGGGAAGUACACGGAGAAAGAGAAGGUGGGGAAAGUGGAAAGAGAGAGGGUGAUGAGGUAGGUGAGGGAGUGGAACAAGUGAUGCAGGGAGAAGGAGAGGUGCAUGAAGAGAGAGAGAGUAUGGCAGAGACAAGUGAUGAAGAAGAUGGGCUGGGGGAUGAGAGGAUAGAUUCAGAGGAUGGUCAGACAGAUGGAGAACUAGAGAGAGUGGAGGAGGUGGAGAAGGAGGGGGAUAACAUGAACACAGAGGCCACAGAUGAGGCAGAACCAGCCUGCAAACCCAGCUGUGAGGAGGAGGAGGAAGGAGAGGAGGAGGAGGAGGAGUUAACACCACCACCUGAGAACCAGGAAGAGGACCAGGACUUACCAGCCCCACCGCAGUCUCUGGACAUAAUCAGGCUGGAGAACGGGGUAGGACCUGAGAACGGAAUCGAAGGGCAUGAAGAGGAGGAUGAUGAAGAUGAGGUAGAAGGAUGCGGCUUAGUAGAGGUCAUCCAGGAACACCUGGACACGUUCAGCUCCACCUUCGAGUGUUCCGUAGAGCUAGCGGACACAGAGACGAGACAGACAGCUGCGUCAGCUUCGAGGCGCCACUCACCCCCCUUAUUCAGCAGAGGUCCUUCCUUCAGAGCCCUGAGCCACUGGAGCUAG